AUUUUUAUGACGCUCUUGUUUUUUUUUCAGAUUAGCUUUGUUUGAUUAUUGCGAAAAUGUCUUUCAAAAAAAACUCGUUAGAAGACUUUAUCCUAGACACUAAAUUGAACAGCUCCGACCGGAAGCGGAUCCGGGCCUAUGUCAUGGCCCAGUAUCCUGGAAUAGUGCCAUACAUCAACGACAUCUGGCCCAAGAACGAAGACAGUGUGCACUACGUGUCUGUGAGGAACAGUGACGCCAAGGCUCAGAUUGUGGCCAUAAAAGGACAGCCGGCGUUCUUCACAAGUAAGGACGAGAAGGUGGCGAAGGAGGUACAGCAGGAGUUCAAAGUGGACAGACGGUGGAUUCCGACUCUGAAGUUACUCCACCAGUACCCCUGCAUCCUCAACCUACAGCAGGUCGACAAAGGUGCGAUUCCCUUCGUGCUUUCUGGUGCUGAUGUCAUGUGCCCCGGUCUAACCUCUAAGGGGGGUUCUCUCUCCCCAGCUCAAAUACACGACGUGGUGGCCAUCACGGCCGAGGGUAAACAACACGCAAUGGCAGUUGGCAAAAUGAUCCUAGACUCGGAGACGAUCCGGACUCAGAACAAAGGACAUGGCAUCAAGAAUCUUAACGUGAUGUGUGAUGGCUUGUGGUAUCUACAAGAUGUCUUGGUGUCAUAAUUUUCCGUUUAUCAUGAUGUUACGCUGCUUUGCAUUUGAUUUGAUGUGAUUUUACCUCGUUUAAUUUGAAAAAUUUACCCGUUCAA